GACACUCCUCCUCCUCCUCCUGCUCCGCGCCCGUAGCCAGUGGAUGCGCGGGAUGAGCUCCACAGCUCCGUCCCUAUCAGCAGCAGCAGCAGCAGCAGCAGCAGCAGCAGCAGCGGCUCCGCCUUGGAGACAAAGGGAAAGCACCGCGAAUCAAAGUGUGCGGGAGAAGCCCGUUUUUUCCCGAGACAACCCCACAGUGCAGCCGCGCUCGCCCGGAGGAGGCAGACAGACGUGCGCCCUGUCCCUGGAGACUCCUCUGGACUGCGCAAAGAUGUGAGAGUAAAAGCGCGAGCGGCAUCGUGAUUGGCCACACUCUCUCUCUCUUUCUCUCUCUCUCUCUCUCUCUGAAAGCACCGGGCAACCGAGUCAUGCUUCCUCCAGCCACAGCAUCAUCCUCUGCGAGGCGGCAUCAAACUUGAAGGAGCUGCGUUCGCAGUGUGCACUGUGGAUGCGUUCACAGCGUCGACCGUAAACUUGCAUCAUUCAUCCUCUCCUCCCUCCUCCUCCUCCUCCUCCUCUUCCUCAAAGAGGCGGCGGUGCUGACACACAGGGACUUGGCUGAUCAACUAGUGAAGAGGAGGAAGACGCUCUCACUUCUCACCCCUGCUCCACAGCUCCAUGGUAUAGGAGAGCUCCACCUAUAAGAACUUAUUACAUUAGCGUCUGACUGUGCCGCAUCAUGCUGUGGAUGAAGUGGAAGAUGGUGGUGGACUCCCUGCGUGGACGGAGAAGGAGGCUGCCCUGUUUCCUCUGGUUCCUCCUGCUGUUCGCUGUUGGAGGUCUGGUUCUCUUCAUCCACCAGCAGGAUCUGUCGGAGAUGGUCCAGCAACAACUCCCAGGCAUGAUGCUUGGAAGCACUCCACGGCAGUCCAGAGAGACUCUUUCUACUCAGGACAGAGAAGGAAGUAAAUCUGACAACCAUCAAGCAACAGAAGGCAUCUUGUCCAGCCUGGUUCCUCCAAUGCAGUUCCCACACUUUGAGAGUAGCCGACAGACAGCAACCCCUGGGUCUCCAGAACAGGACAUAGACCCCCAUCAUGUCUCCAAAAGACAGCGCAAGCUGCUGAAAACAAGUCCCCAGAUCAGUCACACCACCAAUAAUGUUUCCUCAUCCUUGACUUCUUCCUCCUCAGGCGUUCUUUGCCCUGAGACCUGGAUAAAGCUUCUCAAACAAUUGGAGGAUCGCAAGAAACUGAUGAAGGAAAUAUGUGCUAAGUACAAAAGCAGCAUCUCCAGGACCAUCACACGGCAUCAUGUGAAAUACCUCUUUGUGGUGGACAAGUACAAGUUGUUGUACUGCCAGGUGCCCAAGGCGGGCUGUUCCAACUGGAAGAGGACUCUGAUGGUGCUGGCAGGCCAGGCCUACAACACUCAGAGUAUUAAACAUGAUACAGUCCACUAUGACCACCGCCUCAAGAAGCUCGACAGCUUUGACCAAAAGGGUAUCAUGCACCGACUGAAAACAUAUACCAAAGUCAUGUUUGUCCGAGAACCCUUGGAGAGGAUGGUGUCAGCUUAUAGGGACAAGUUUGGAAAUCCAAACAACUACUACCACUCACUGUUUGGGAAACCCAUCAUCUCCAAGUACAGGGCCAACGCGUCCUUGGAAGCACUAAGGACGGGCAAUGGGGUCACAUUUAAGGAGUUUGUCCAGUACCUGCUGGAUGUCCACAGGCCCGUGGGAAUGGACAUCCACUGGGAGCAGGCCAACCAGCUCUGCAACCCUUGUCUCAUAGACUACGACUUCAUCGGAAAGUUUGAGACCAUGUAUGAGGAGUCCGACUUUUUCCUGCGAUUGAUCGGGGCACCACAGAACCUCACUCUGCCUAGUUUUAAAGACAGGAACCCAACCGAGACGAGGACCUCUACGCAGGUCACACAGAGUUACUUCUCAGAGGUCAGUAUGAUGGAGAGACAGCGAGUCUAUGACUUCUACUACAUGGACUACUUGAUGUUUAACUACUCCAAGCCUUUUAAAGAUUUAUAUUGACUGACUUCCUAUAAAGACUCUUGAAACACAGUUACAUUCCACCAUGUCUACAUCUCUACCAUCUAGCUCUACAUGGAGGAAUCUCUAUCCGUCUUUCAAUUUUUUCCACAUCUGCUCGUCCAAUCAACUUCAAACUUUGGGGGGGUGUUCCUCAGGAUCCAAGGAAGGGCAGUCUGUGCCAUGAAGAGUUUUUUGGAUGAGUGGUUUUCGAGCAAAUUGACAAAGAUUCCUCCUAUUCUUUCUCUUUUAAAUCGAGACACAACCCGUUGAUGAUGUCAGGGAUGACAUCGCCAACGGUCACGUUUUAGCUUGACGGGCAGCGCACAAUGAUGGUUAUGAAGUUCGAUCACACAAUGACAUGGAUCUUUGCACCUGACAAGAGAGAUCAGAAAAAACAACCAUGUAAAAUCUGCUGUUUAUCCUCAUUUAAAAAGAUUAUAUGACAAAGGUUAUGUUCAUGUGACGUAUUAAACCCACAAAAUUGUGCUGAAAUACAAGGUAUUUAUUCACUAGGUGUGGUGAGAUAUAAUUUGAAAUUAUAAAUGUUAUGUUUCAAAAAAAGUUUCUUGUUGUUUUGCAGGCUGUAAAUUAUGCCUCUCUGUGAGUCAAAUAGAAAUUGCAAAUUAAAUUAAAUUGUAUUUUAUUUGUAUAGCGCAACACUGCAUACAUUAUCUCAAGGCACUUUACAUUGUAAGGGUCGAAACCUUACGAAGGUGCCAGACAUUUUCCCAUCACAUUCCUAAAUUUAUACAUGAUUUCAUUAUAUAGUAUUUUAUGUGAGCCCCUAUACCAUAAGAGUAGCCACACCCCAACAUGUCAGAUUAUGCUUUCAUUAGUUUUUGACCUCAGAUGAGGCUCAUGUAUUGAUGGACACCCCCAAUCACCCUCAACCACCAUGUACAUGCAAACAGUUUUUCUUUUAUUUUGAAAUAUUUGCACUUACAAUUUGACUUACAGUAAGUUGGCCAUCAGCAUACCUCUAUGUAUCGAUACCUGAUAAUACAGAUAUUUCUUGUAAAUGGUUUUACUAAACGUAAAGUGUAACAGAAAUGAAAACACUUUAAAAGAGUAAAGAGUAUAAAUCUUGAAAAUGUGUACAGUGCUGCCCACUGGGAAGCUUUGUGCACUUAAUGUAGCAUUUUUGUACUUCUAACUUUGUCGGUUAGGUUUGUGCUUUAGUCUAACACAUUCACUGCUGUAAGACCUCCCCAGCCCCAUCACUACUAGUAUUUACAUGGGUUGUCAUAUGCAGGACAGCCAGGUACUCACAGGGUACAACGUGUUGCUGCCAAUCAUCUCUUAAUAUCUGUUAGUAGUACAGAACAAUUACUUUCUGUUGACAGCAUUGGCAACCAAAAAUGAAAGAACGCAAAAACAGGGGUUUAUAUUUGGUGUGAAAUAUAAACUAGUGAAAUAAUAAUAAAGAGAGUGGCCAAACUUCUCCAUGGUUCAUACCACACACUCUCCAGACAGCUCUGACUUACAGAGCUCACACUCACUCCCUCUGUACGUAUCACAUCUCUUCUACUUCACUAUAAAGGCUUUUUUCUGACACUACUGUGUACAAUUGUAUAAUGGGCAUUCAGAUGACUGUAUAUUUUUCUAUGUAUUUCUAAAAUAUACAUAUAUAUAUAUGAAUAUAUAUUCAGUGCUUCUUGGUGAAGGUCUGUUUAUUUCCUUUUUGAUGUCACUGUUCUUUCAAUAAUACCACUAUAGAGUGUUGUGUAACUGAAGAGUUUCUUUCCAAAAUAAAAUAUCCACUACCUAAAAACCUGCACAUCCCAAGAACAUAAAUGACUGAAUACAAUAAGUGGUACCAUUAAAACUGCAGAAGAUUAUUAAACCUGAUGGAUUAUAGUUACCACUGGUUGCUCUGGAGGUAGCCAACCUUUUCUUUUUAAUGAAAAUGGAUAUAUAUAAUUUUGGAAAGUAGCUCUUUCAUUACUUAUCCCUGAACUGUUUGGUAUCUCAAUAGAAUAGAAGACCCUGUACAGAUGAGCUGCAUUCCACCUAGUUACUCAUCCUGGCUAACGACAUCGUUGCCAAUAGCAACACCACUAUGUGCGUCUGUAUGUGUGUGUGUGUGUGUGUGUGUGAGUAUGUGCAAUACUGAAUACGCUGUUUAGAUGCUUUACAAUCUUUUUUCCCACAUUUUUUGGAAGCAUACAGUAUAUAUGUAUAUAUAUAUACACUUUGCAGGUAUGGUAUCCUGUGUCUAAUGUUGCUAAACUGGUAUAUUCCCAACACACCACCCACCUGUGAACUACUUUCUCAAGCUCUGACUGUAGCAGGUCAGACCACACUGUGAUCACACACAAUGUGCACUGCAAACUGCAAAAAGACUGGCAAUUCGUAUAGGUCCUAAGCCUUCAAACUAAAAUAUUGUUAAAUUUGGCAUCUUUACAUCUCUUUAUGUAGGGAUGUAUGUAAGAUACUUUUACAGCUGAUUUAAUAUGAAGAAAGAAGAAUCUGAACUAAAUAUGUACUGUAUAGUACAAUAUACUGAAUGCAGGCUUUAGCCUAGGUGUCUCCAAAUAAAGGAUGAGUUUGAAUCUUCUUAAUUAAAUGUGAUGCCAAAAGAAUGAAUUGAAAUACCAUGAAUGCAAAAAUAAUCAGAUAAAACGGCUACAAUAAACUGGAUACAGAUAUUAUAGAUAUUAUUACAAUGUAAAGAUGACUUCAAUCUGCUGGGAUGCUGGGAACAACCUACAGUAUGGCUGGUCUCCAAUAAAGUAGUCACUACACUUCACCACUCACUCAAAAUGUGUUUUAUGUAACAAAAUACUUUAUAGAGUGGUUUUGUUUGCCUAUGAGUAAAGGGAAAUUUAUAUCAUUUAAAUCUAUACAUGCUAUAAUCAACUUUUGAAGACCUCUAAGAAUUCUGGUGGUAUAGCCCUUUUAUGGUGAUGGAUAUUGUAUGAACUUUGUCAGUAUAGUGCGUUGGCUUUUGCAAUCCCAAAAUAGUUUCGGUUGUGGUCAGAUUAUAGCUAAUAUUACUGGCCAAAACAGCUUAUGCAUUAUGAUGAGUAUUGCUCCUGCAAACACGACGUAAUUCGCUGCCCCUCAGCUAAUAAAGCUUUCUUGGUAUGUGGGUGUAUGGACAGAUUUAUCAAAAGCAUAAUUACUGUAACAAGUGAAUGUAUAACUGUUUAUCAUUGGUGCAAAAGUGUAUAAAACAUGAUCUUAAGCCCUUUGCCUUAUUUUACACUGCCAAUCAAAUGGUGUAUUUCAGGAAGACAUUCUUCAGGUGGUUAUUGUUUCUGGCUGAUGAGUGUCUACUAAUAAACUGUCUUUAGCAUUUUCA